AUGACGGGCGGCGCGCUGGUGUACCUGGUGCUGCUCACCUUCGCCGUCAAGGGCGACCGCGGGGGAGUGGUGGUGCAGAGGAAGGAGCGCCAGGUGUCGGGGCUGAUGCCCUUCCCGCGCGUCGGCCGGUCCGGCGGUGACGUCAGCUGGACCCUGGACUCCCCAGAGCUGCAGGAGGCGAAGCGACAGGGGCUGAUGGCGUUCCCGCGCGUGGGUCGCUCCCGGGGCUACCUUGUGCUGCGCCCCGACGGCGGGCGGCGCGACACGGCGGGCGACGCCGGCGGCAUGUGGUUCGGGCCCCGGCUGGGCCGGAGGGACCGCCGCAGCGCCGAGGAGCCGCGCCAGCCCUGGGCGCUCGUCGCCCUGCGAGAGUACCCUAGCCAGAGGAGGCACGACGGCUACUACCACCGCGUCGAAGCCGGCAGCCCUGAGGACGAAGAGGAGUCCUCUGCGGACGAGGACAUGGCGGGCGAAGGAGCCGGCAGGACCUUCCGGGAUCAGCCAGCGUCGUCCUAG